AUGUCAAUGAUCUGGUGGCAUAUUCUUCUUUGUAUUAUUACACUUCAAAAUAUAACUCAAAUGGUUCACUCGCAAGACGGCGACAAUGAGGACGACGGUGGAAAUGAUGGAGAAUCAACAACAAUACCGAUAUCUACUACUGUAAUCAAUGUUAGACAACAACAAGAACAUCAAAUGAGAAUCAAUUCGUUACUUCUAUCAAAUAUAACGAGUAAUAAUCGUGCGAAUAAUAUUAGUGAACAAGAUGCCAAUCAAACUAAUUCGAGUGAACCAACCAAACAACGUAUUAUUGUUGCAUUGGCCGUUCUGUGUGCAGCUCUCGCUGUUUUACUUGGUUUCCUUAUUUCAAUUGUUGUGUGUCAAUGGUUAGAUUAUGAUAGGAACGGAACGAAUGAUUUGAAGAUUGAAAAUGGUAAAUCUCAGACAAAUUUUACCGGUUUGCCAGAUAAUUAUUACGGGCAUGGCCAUCGGCAAACAGUCAAACUGUAA